AUGACAUCUGCAUUAAGAGUUUUGGUGUGCGGAGAUCAUCCCAAUCUCAUUCUAUACACAUCCAGGUUUCAACAUGCCAAAAACAUAGAGUUCUACCUUGUGAACAAUUCAGAAAAUGCCAGCUACGAGAUUAGUUCAUUAUUUUAUGGGACGGAACGGUUUCAGAUUCAAAACCAUUUCCAAUCACUUCUAGACUUGGUAGACCUCAAUAAUGAAAAUAGCAGCUUGGUAUUCGACUUAAUAAUAAUGAGUGCGUCUUCGCUGCAAGAAAUCCCGCAGGUAUUAAGAAAUUUGAAGCAUAUGAUAAAUAAAACCACAAAGAUACUAUUUGAAAGUAGUGGGUUUGUAUAUUUGGAGCCAUUUAUCAAGGCUUCAGUUGAUCUUUCGCUGUCAAAUAUUUUCAGCAUUUUUACCGAUUAUGACAUAAGACGGUUAGACAGUAGCUCAUACAAACAGUGCACGACUGCAAAUGCCAAAUCCUUUUCUGUUUCGAUUGGUCAAACGACUUCCGUCCGCAAAGACAACUAUUCAAGUGAUAUUAUUCCUAUUUUGAAUACAUUUCAGAAAUUGUUCCAAAAACUAUUUCCUAGAGACAUUGUGACUCUCUAUGAUCAUUCUCCCUCGGCUUUCUUGACGAAGCAAUGGGAACUGGCUUUACCUCAAAUAUGUUUUGAUCCAUUGUUGAUAAUAUUAGAAGAAAAGGUUCCAUCAAACUUAGAUGACCACGUUUUAGCCAAACCUCUUAUUUCAGGUUUAUUAGGUGAAGUCCUAUUGUUAAUAAAAAAAAUGGGUAUAGCCUUGAACAACCCGAAUUUUCAAAAUGAACAGACUAUAUUAAAACAUUGGAAGAAUAAGUGCGAGGAGUUACCUGACGUUCCUGCACUUUUACACAAUUUCAUCCAUAAAUCUUCAUCCUUAAAUAUUGACUUACUGUUAUUACAGCCGAUAUUACUAGCAGAUGACUUUGGCGUUAGAACCCCAUAUUUGGAAUGCUUGUUUACAAUGAUGACCCAAUAUCAAUUGUUAAAUAAGGGCAAUUCUGAAUGGUUUAUUAGGAAGGAAAGCAACACAGCUUUAACUCGCGUUGAUGACUUACAAAAUAACAUCGCACUCAAAGAUGGAAAAAUCGUGCAGCUGCAAAAUUCGGAAGCAACUCUGAAAAAUCAGAUGAAAGAACUUCAAGAUCAAGUAUCAAACCUGAAACAAGAGAUCUCCUUAGGUAAAACAAACCAUGAACAAGAGUUAGACACUCUAAAGAAGAAAAUGCAAAUGGGAGACAAUCCGUUAUUUGACCGCAACUUACCACAUAUUAAUACCACUGGUAUACCUCGCUCUGAUAAUAGUGCCGAUGGUGAUAUGAACUACGAAAAGAAUGACCAAGGUAAUAACAGUAGUGAGAAUGCUAGCAGAAGACAAUCUUUUUUCAACUCGACAUCUGAUACAACAUUAUCCAGAGAUGAAACCUCGUUGAAAGAACGUGAACUAGAAGUGCGAAUGAAGGAAUUAGAACUUCAAGAGCGUGAAUUGGAGUUACAGAGAAAAGCUCUCCAACAACAACAGCAAUAUCAACAAAGACCGCCUAAGCAAGGGUACGCCGGUCCUCCUGGGACACCAACCAGUAGCAAUAACAACAUUAACAGUAAUAAAAGUUAUAAUCCAGGUAGAAAAUCUUCUUACAGUCAGCCUCAGCAUGUGGCGAUGAUGACCAACAGAGGUCUACAUGGUCCUAGCAUCGCAAGCUCUAGCCCUGUCAUUUCUGCCAACAAUUUUGUUGACCCAAUUUCUUCCGGCACACCAUAUAGCGGCAAUAGUUCUCGAUUCAGCCAACAAAUUCCGUCGCAGCAGUACAUGCAUACUGUUAAACCUACAAGUAGGAAGAACAGAAGUAGCGUCAUGCCUAAUAUAGGUUAUGUCCCCGGCCUAACCAAUAGCGAGUACAGUAGGAAAUUUAACGGUAAUGGUGUGAAUGGUACGCAAAGUCGUGUGAAUUCACUUUCAAACCAAAGUACGUUUAGAUCUCAACAGGGCCCACCUAUAAUACAACAAAAACCGUUCCAAAAUAACGGUGGUAGUAUGAGGACAAAUCGCAUAUCUUCCGCGAAUUACAAUAUUUCAAAUCAAAAACCGGGCUUUGUUAACUCUAUUUCAAGUCCGAAUUUAAGCAAUUUUGAGAAUAACAACAAAGGACAGAAGAGUAGAAAUGCAGAUUCUGCUCCGUGCGUCAAUCAACUGAACAAUGAUUCUCAGUCUCAGUUACAAUCUCAGCCUCAAAACAGUACCUCAAAAGUUCCUCAGAUCAAUAUCACGCAACCAUCACCAAUUCAGACCAACUUUACUACGAGUGAUAACCCUGCCCCUGUAAUAAAACUUGGGACACCUCCUGAAGGUACAAUUUCAACUGCAACUACAAACAAUAAUAUAAGUGCAGUGGCAGACGAGAGCUACAAAGAGGAAGUCAAGGAAAAAAAAAAGAAAAAGUUUAGUUUCUUUGGGAAAAGAAAAAAGUAG